CUAGAGUCUCGCGCGCUCACCGUGAAGGUGCACAAGUAGACCGAAGUGUUUUUAAACUUGUGCCUGAAAUUUACCGUCCGCGACUGACCUCGAAUGAAGCCUUCCACUCGCUCCACAGACGGCAGACAGGCAUCCGUGGUAGUUCUGCAGUAGUUUUGAGGGCUUCGCUCUUUGGCUGCGCUAUGGACGGAACUGCGCGCAGACUUGUGGAGGAGGGAUCCACGCGUGGGUCCUCUCGGGCAGACGCUUCCCUCAGCGGAGAGGAUGAGCGCCGUGACACCGGCCACCACCCGAGACCUCACGAAACGCAUCCCGACGACGAGCGCACCUUGCCUCUUAGGGAAUUUUAUCCCUAUAUUCGCUGUGCCCUCUGCAAUGGAUUUUUCAUUGAUGCCACCACCAUCACAGAGUGUCUUCACACUUUUUGCAAGAGCUGCAUUGUCAAGCACUUUUUCUACAGCAACAGGUGUCCUAACUGCUCCAUUGUUGUGCACCAGACACAGCCACUGUACAGUAUCAGACCCGACAGGCAAUUACAAGACAUUGUUUUCAAGAUGGUUCCAUAUUUGGAAGAAGAUGAAAGGUCACGAAUACAUGCAUUUUAUAAACAGAGAGGGCUUGACAUUCCUAGACCAGUGGCAUCUCCAGCUUCAUACCCAGUGAAGCUUCAGAGACUGAAGAAAGACAUGCUGCCUCGGUCUGUUUUUACUAUUCCCUCAGAGUUAGAUGUGUCUCUGAUGUUGGAGUUUGUGGGAGCUGAAAAGGGUAUUGAGAACUAUAAGCCCCUUGAGAGGAAGUAUGUGCGUGUGUCAGGGGAAGCCACUGUCCGUCACGUGGAGCUUUUUAUCAGGAGGAAGAUGGAACUGAAUCAAAACUGCAAGGUUGAUGUUGUGUGUGGAGAGCAUCUUCUUGAACAAUGCCAGUCUUUGAGAGAAGUUUGUGACACCAUGGGGGAAAAUGCACUGCAGGAUGGCAUGCUGGUUCUGCAUUUCGGACUCGUUCUACCUGCUCAGUAAAGACAGAAUGAAACUACCUUAUAUAGGGAUUUUAUUUUAAGAGCUCUACUGAAUUUUACCAUAAUAGUUCUAUGCAGUGAUUCUUUGUCUUCCUGGUUGUCUUCUGCUCAAUGUGAUUAAACGCAUGUCAGCAUUCUUUGAGCAAAUGCAUUAAGAAACAUUAGAGCUGAUUAGAUAUUUUCAGAUGUUGUUUGUUUGUUUGUUUGUUGGUGGGUUUGAUUUUAUUGUUUGUUUGAAUUCAUUGUUUCUUUGAUUGAUUGAUUGAGUAACUGUAAAGAUUCUGUAAAUUCUCUUUUAUACAUUUGUAAACUAAGAUAAACAGAGAUUAAGUAAUUGCUCUUUGUUUCUUAGAAUACAUAGUUUUGACAUGAA